CGACAAUGAGAGAAGCUGCACCGAGAGCAGAGGCGAAGUAGGAGCGGAAUCCCCGUCCACUGCCACACACACACAAACACACACACACACAUCUGUCUGUCACCAUCCCUCCUUCCCUCCCUCCUCCCCCUUGCUUCAUCCAUCCCCUCUUUACAGACAUCACCGACACAUUACAGUUUCCAUCCCCCCCCCCCCCCCCCCACCCCCACUUGGCCCUAUCAGCGCAUCUCUCUCUCCUUUUCUCUUUCUCUCUCUCUCCCUCUCUCUCUAAGAGUCCGCAAAACAUCAACAAUAACACCCUCAUUCUCCUCAUCUUCAUCCUCAUCAUGAUGGCGGCAGCUCCCAUCCAGCAGAACGGGACCCACACCGGGCUUCCCAUAGACCUGGACCCCCCCGACUCCAGAAAGCGGCCGCUCGAAGCUCCUCCUGAAGCGGGCAACACCAAGAGAACCAACACUGGCGAAGACGGCCAAUAUUUUUUAAAAGUCCUUAUACCUAGCUAUGCUGCCGGAUCUAUUAUUGGAAAGGGAGGACAAACCAUUGUCCAACUGCAGAAAGAGACUGGUGCCACGAUCAAACUGUCCAAAUCCAAAGAUUUCUACCCAGGAACGACAGAGCGUGUCUGCCUGAUCCAGGGAACAGUUGAAGCUCUGAAUGCUGUUCACAGCUUCAUUGCAGAGAAGAUACGAGAAAUGCCUCAGAAUGUGGCAAAGACAGAACCAGUUAGCAUCCUGCAGCCUCAGACCACCGUGAACCCAGAUCGCAUCAAACAAACAUUGCCAUCUUCCCCAACUACCACCAAGUCCACUCCAUCUGACCCCAUGACCACCACCAGAGCCAAUCAGGUGAAAAUAAUUGUUCCUAACAGCACUGCAGGUCUGAUCAUUGGGAAGGGUGGUGCCACAGUGAAAGCUGUCAUGGAGCAGUCAGGAGCUUGGGUACAACUCUCUCAAAAGCCAGACGGGAUAAAUUUGCAAGAGAGAGUGGUGACGGUGAGUGGGGAACCGGAACAAAACCGCAAAGCCGUCGAACUUAUCAUCCAGAAAAUCCAGGAGGACCCACAGAGUGGCAGCUGUCUUAAUAUCAGCUAUGCCAAUGUCACUGGUCCAGUGGCCAACUCCAACCCAACGGGAUCCCCUUAUGCCAACACUGCUGAGGUGUUGCCAACUGCUGCGGCCGCCGCGGGGCUGUUAGGACACGCUAACCUCGCUGGAGUCGCUGCCUUCCCAGCGGUUUUAUCCGGCUUCACGGGAAACGACCUGGUAGCCAUCACCUCUGCACUCAACACUUUAGCCAGCUAUGGAUAUAACCUUAACACACUGGGUUUGGGCUUGAGUCAAGCUGCAGCCACGGGUGCAUUGGCGGCAGCUGCAGCUAGUGCAAAUCCCGCCGCAGCGGCCGCAGCAAACCUACUGGCUACAUACGCGAAUGAAGCCUCGGGCGGUGGCAGCCCGGUUAGUGGAACAGCGGGGACUUUUGCCCUCGGUAGCCUUGCUGCCGCUACCGCUGCCACAAAUGGCUACUUCGGCGCUGCCUCUCCACUGGCUGCCAGUGCCAUCCUUGGCUCAGAAAAAUCUACAGACGGAUCAAAGGACGUGGUCGAAAUAGCGGUCCCAGAAAACCUAGUUGGUGCAAUAUUGGGGAAAGGCGGGAAAACGUUAGUGGAGUAUCAGGAGUUGACUGGUGCAAGGAUACAGAUCUCCAAAAAGGGGGAGUUUGUGCCUGGCACAAGGAAUCGGAAGGUGACCAUUACAGGAACGCCAGCUGCUACCCAGGCUGCUCAGUAUUUAAUCACACAGCGGAUCACUUAUGAGCAAGGUGUUCGGGCAGCCAACCCACAGAAAGUCGGGUGAUUUCCAGGCCCAUACAAGAAUCUCUUUAAGCCCCUUCCUCUACCCCCUUUUCAACAAGAAAGUAUGUACUGUACUUUGCAGACGUGAAGUUUUUUUUUUCUGUAUUAAUAUAUUAUAUGCAAAAGAAUGCGACUAUGUUGAAGAUGUGUAUAUGUAAAUAGUAUAUGUUUUACCAGAUGUUUCAUAGAAAGUAAUUUUUCUCAAUCCGUUUUAGUUCUCUAUACUUUGCUUGUGUAUAUUUGUCAAAAGUGUUUCUAGUGUCAGGAGAUCUUAGCCUGCCAUUGUACCAGCAUUACUGUAGUUAAUGACUGAAUGUAGAUAGCGAUACAUGUGUAGUUUUCAGUAUUAGUUCAAACAAAAAGCAGAUAAUGCCAGAUGUACUACUGUUAAGUUAGGGUAUGGUGGGGUCAGUGACCUAAAAUGGAGUGAGGCCAAAGCACUGUCCAGAUCGUCUUACUUCCUGCUUAGGGUAUAUUGAAGUAGGAAAUAAAAUAUUUUGGAAAUAAUUUUUAAAAUACAAAAAAAAAGUCAAAAAGCAAUAUAGUUGCAAAGCACUGUAUAAAAUAUAAAAAGGUUAAAACUGUGGAAGAUUAUAUUGGUAAGUUUACAAAAUUGCACCUGUUCUCCAUCUGAACUAGGAUAUGGAA